AGAUAAUCAGCACCGUCAUCACUUUUUCGCGCCUCGUGCUCGUCGCUGUGGGCUCUCAUACGUCACUGCUUGCAGAGAGUUAUCAUAUCUGCACUGCAGAGAGGUACCGUACGCAAUGGCGAAGCUCCUUUUGCUCUCAACCACGUGCUAUGCCUUGGUCCCGCCGCUGCAGCCCAUGCAGACGAAACUGCGUGCAGCGACACUCGAAGAAGUAGAAAGAAUCCCGACGCCGGCCUUCGGUAAAACCUUCGGUGACGAUAUUAGCAAGUUAAAGGCUGCCAUCUUCCACUACGGCGCCACUCUCGACCGCGGGCAAGGAUUUAACCCGACGACGGGCGAGCAGUACAAGGAUCGGAUGGACAGAGCGGUGGCCGCGGUCGAGGCGCUGUGUGAGAAGGGCGGCGUGCCGGACGUAUCUCCAGAAAAGCUCCGAGGCCGGUGGGAGCUCGUCUUUUCGAGCGUGCCCCACGGCAUCUUCCGCAGCAGCCCGUUCUUCGAGGCCAUCUACGACUCGUACGCGAACGUGGGCAAGCCUGAUAAAGCGGAGCUGUUCUUCAAGCUCCACGAAUUGCAGACUAUGAGCUGGGGCGCGUCGAAGAUCGGACGGGUGGCGCAGACGAUCGACCCCGAGAACAAUAUGUUAUACAGCGAGUUCGACACGCAGAUCUUCUCGCUGACCGCCAUCCCGAUCAUCGGCUUCUGGAAGCUCCUGCCGACCUUUGGGGGCUGCGUCGUCACCGCUUCCAAAAUGAACAUCAAUGAUAACGCGUUGAACCUCGAGGUCGAAUACACGACCGCGAAGCCCGUCGAGGGCUUGAGCGGGCUCGGAGAAUGGAUCUGGGAUGUGAAAGUGCCAGUAGGCGCCGUCUGGAAGCUCCUGCCCUGGAAUCGAGGCCUGCCGCCGACGUGCGCCGUGGAGCAGGUGUACCUCGACGACGACGUGCGCAUCGCCAAGGACACGUCCGGGCAGUACUUUGUGUAUGCUAGACCCGUAUAACAACA